AUGCAGGGCUUCAAUAUGGGACGGUACGUCCCGCCGGACCAGGAGGGCGUGAUAUCGGGCAACCAGCUGAACAAGAAGCAUGCGCUGGGCGCCCGCGCCUCUAAGCUGCGCAGCGAGGGCAUCCUGACGGUGCGCUUCGAGAUGCCCUUCGCGGUGUGGUGCUCGACGUGCCCGAAGCCCACGGUCAUCGGCCAGGGCGUGCGCUUCAACGCCGAGAAGAAGAAGGUCGGCAACUACUACUCCUCGCCCAUCUUCAGCUUCCGCAUGAAGCACACCGCGUGUGGCGGGACCAUCGAGAUCCGCACCGACCCCGCGAACACGGCGUAUGUGGUGGUGUCAGGCGGGCGCAAGCGGGACACCGGCGACGAGGGUGCCAGCGAGAGCUUGGUUGCUGGUGGCGUACGAGAAAUAGUCACGGCUAAAGAACAUAUGGACCAGCGGGACAGCGCGUUUGCGAAUCUCGAGAAGACGAUUGAGGACCGGGAGGUGUUUGAGGCGGCCAAGGAGCGGAUAGGGGAGCUGGAAGACGCCAGCUCUCGGCAGUGGGACGAUCCCUAUGCGCGUAAUGCGGCCCUACGCAAGGCAUUCCGUGUGGGUCGCAAAGCAAGAGAGAAGGACGCAGCUGCAAUGGAGGAGUUGAAGGACCGUAUGGGCCUGGGCAUCGAGAUGCUGCCAGAGCAUGAAGAUGAUGCUAAGAGAGCAGCUUUAGUGACGUUUGGAACCGUUGAUGGUGAAGGCGAGACGGGUGUCCGGAAGGCACUGGCGAAGCCGUUGUUCAACUCUUCUGGCAGCUCGAAAGACAAGCCAUCCAAAACCCCAGAAUCAAAAGGCCCGAAGAAGCUGAAGUCUGAGGUGGCUGCAGCUAAACUGCGGGAAUCUCUUGUGUCUGAGAUUGUUGGGAAUACUCGCAUGACCAAGGACCCUUUUCUCGAGUCCAGGAACAAGGAAGCCACACCUCGGAGCACAAUUCUCCUGCCUGGGCUUAAAAGGAAACGAGCAUCAGACGAUGCAGACGAUACGGUUCAACAAAAAUCGACUCUUGAAAAGACAGGCCCAGCCAUACCAAGCUUGGUAGACUACGACUCUGACUGA